AUGUCUUUCAUCAGGUCUUCCGCACUACGCGCCUCCUCAUUAGCUCGCGCUGCUCGCCCAGCGAGGUAUAUCCGCACUGCCGAGCUCCAGCCAUGGCAACGAGCGGUCCAACGCAGAACAUACGCCAGCGGCCACGGUCCCGAGGGCGAGACCAAGAGCAGUGAUGUCCCAUGGAUGGCCGCCGCUGUAGUUGGCACCACUCUUGGUCUCUACGUUGUUGUAACACAAGAUACAGACCACGGCGCUGAACACCACCCCCUCGGUGACCCACACGGCGAGGGCGCCGCUAAAAAAACUGGUACCGACUCCACCGUAGGCGAGGAGAACAAGGAGGAUGAACCCGAGGAGGACUCUAAGGAGGAGUCCAAGGAAGAGUCCAAGGACGAGUCCAAGGACGAAUCUAAGGAGGAGCCGAAGAGCGACCAGCAGAACCCAUCCAAGCCUACCAAGGAGAACAGCGAGGAGAAGGACACCCAGUCUCCUGACGUAUCUGACAAGCCCGAUCCCCGCAAGGAGGAGACAAAGAGCCAGAAUGAGACGUCUGGCAAGCAAAAGGGAUUGUCCAACGACAACACCGAACAUACCUCGCAGAUCUCCAAGCAACCAGAGAAGAGCAAGAAGGGCGAGGGCGUUGCUGAGACCGCUAAGCUACAAGGAACCGUCUCUACUGAGCGUCCUGGUGCGGAGAACAAAGAGGAGCGUGGAAAGGCUCAACAGGACAAGGACGCAUAG